GUUUCCCCUUCCUCCACAGCACACCACACCCUCUCUAUAAAUCCCACAUUCCCUCACUUUCCCUUCAUACACCACAAACCCUAUCUUCCCCUUCCCGCCACACACAUAUUUUCUCACACUUUCUCUCGCUUUCUCUCUAUCCAAACAGAACUAAAUGGCAAUCCCAUGUCCGCCUUUUCUCACAUCCGAGAAACUGACGCCAACCGAAUCCCCCACACCCCCGCCACCCGUCUCUCAAGAAGAACUCAAAAAAAUCGCCGCCUAUAAAGCCGUGGACUUCGUCCAGUCCGGCAUGGUUCUCGGCCUCGGAACCGGCUCCACCGCCAAACACGCCGUCGACAGAAUCGGCGAGCUUCUAAACCUCGGCAAACUAACCAACAUUACAGGAAUACCCACUUCAAAACAGACCCAAAAACAAGCUUUAUCGCUGGGGAUCCCCUUGUCAGACCUCGACUCACACCCAGUCGUUGAUCUCGCCAUUGAUGGAGCUGAUGAAGUCGACGGGCACCUCAAUUUAGUUAAAGGACGAGGCGGGUCGUUACUCCGAGAGAAAAUGAUUGAGAGUGCUUGUCGGAAGUUCAUUGUCAUUGUUGAUCAGAGUAAAAUUGUGUCUCACAUUGGUGCUCAUGGUGGUGCUAUGCCGGUUGAAGUGGUGCCGUUUUGCUGGAAGUUUACUCAAGAAAAGCUUCAGGUUUUGUUUGAUUAUGCUGGCUGUGAAGCGAAAUUGAGAAGAAUUGGAAAUGGGGAUGACCCUUAUGUUACUGAUAAUGGGAAUUAUAUUGUGGAUUUGUUUUUUGAGAAGGAGAUUGGUGAUUUAGAGGUGGCCAGUGAUAAAAUGUUGAGAUUGGCUGGUGUUGUUGAGCAUGGUUUGUUUCUUGGUAUGGCCUCUACUGUGAUUGUUGCUGGUGAACUUGGUGUUACUAUCAAGCAUAGAUUUGAUUGAGAUGUAAUACUAAUUGAAUUAGUGAAUAAUUUAAGCUUAAUUGAAUUAAUAUCCUUUGAAUUGAUAGUAAAAUUAUCUUCUUAUUUAAUUGUA